GGGCUCAGUCACAACUACUAUUGUAGCUUAAUUUUUCCAUUAUGGCGACCGAAUUUUUCAACACCGCAGACUCGACCUUCGCGGGCUACGAUAUCACAGAUACUCAGAUCAAGACGCUCAGAGACUAUCUCGAGAGCAACACCAUCGCUGAAGAAGCUGUCAAGCAGCUGACUGUGCACCCCGAGGAAUCUUCGACGCCCGUUGAGAUGAAAAAGAGACUCGGUGGCCUCUGGACACUCCUGAACGAUACAGCAGUCAGGCUGCCAAGUGCGCAACCAAAGAUCAUAUCAAUCUUGCGGACGAUACGAAAAUUGCCCAAAGCUCAAGAGCCGAAGGGCGCAGGAGAGGAAUACAUCGAUCUCGACGACGGCUUUUACUGGAAAGAGCUCACGGAUUGGGCUAACAACUGGGCGGACGCCUUCAACAGCCACGCCUCACGUUUCCUCGUAGAGCAGCCUGCAGACGGCCAGGAUAAAGCGAACAGAAGAGUUGCUUGGACGAGCGCAUGUGAAUAUACUGGCCGCCUCGCUGCAACAGGCGACGAUGCACUUUCGUCGUAUGGGGCUGGUCUUGAGCGCGCUACACGCGCUAUUGCUGAAGCAUUGGAAGUCGACACAGGCAAUGAAGAGCCUGAUAGUGUGGAAGCUGCCGCAGAACUGUUUCUCUACGCGGGGUCUGAGCUGUAUCGUUGCUGCCAGGAAGGUCAGAAGUAUGGCAUGUUGAACAGCCCGGCUAGCAUGUGGAAGGGCGACGAGGGGUUUUCGCAAGACCGCUGGAGGUUCUGGGGAGAGAGAUGGAACGCCUUGUCGAAGGCGGAGAGCCUAUCUGCUGAUACUCGUAGAAUCGCAAAGCAGUCUGUCGAAGCAAUGAAACAGGUCGAAUACAUGAAGUAGAGAUAUUCCAGAAAAGACUUAAGAUCAAAACAGAUAGUUUUAUGUUGAUGCUCUUUCCUGAUUCCGGAUAUACCGAGUUUUGAAAAGUUGAGACAUGAGGUAGAUAGUAUAACUUAUAGAAUUGAUAUACCAAUUAAUACAGCAGUCCUUCCUAGAAGCGACGUCUAAGGCGUAU